GGGUGGAAAUGAGUGAAAGAGGCUGAAGUAGACUUGUGACACCAGAGGAUGACAAGUGCAAAACGUGAGCACAGGAAAGGAUAAAGACACAGGAGGAGAAUUAAAGAGUAAAAAUAUCCAAGACAUCCUACAACAAAGUGAUAGAGGAGGAGCUGGGAAGUUGAUUUGGAUCAUUGAAGGUUUACUCAACAUGGCAGCUCUCAUCAGGCGCUACUCAGAGGUGAUGCCACUGCCGGACUCUUUCAUCCAACGCCAGAAGCUGGACGCCAGCAUGGCUGACACCUUCCUGGAGCAUCUGUGUCUGCUGGACAUCGACCAGGAGCCAAUCACAGCGCGCAACACCAGCAUCGUCUGCACUAUCGGUCCUGCGUCACGAUCAGUCGACAAACUGCAGGAGAUGGUCAAAGCAGGGAUGAACAUCGCUCGUCUGAAUUUCUCUCAUGGAUCACAUGAAUACCACGGUGGAACCAUCAAAAACAUCAGAGAGGCGGUGGAGACGGUGACCUCUGACCCCUUGUACUACCGGCCGGUCGCCAUCGCCUUGGAUACGAAGGGUCCAGAGAUCCGCACUGGUCUAGUGAACGGGAAAGUGGAGGAGGAGGUGGUGCUGCAGAAGGGAAGCACCGUUCGUGUGGUGACGGCAGAGAGUGACAAAGACAAAACAGAUGGAAAGAUCAUCUGGGUGGACUAUCCCAGCCUCCCCAAGGUCGUCAAGGAGGGAGCAACCAUUUACAUUGACGACGGCCUCAUCGGACUCAAAGUCACAGAAAUAGGACCUGACUGGGUGGACACGGUGGUGGAGGCUAGCGGGCUGCUCAGCAGUCGCAAAGGCGUCAACCUCCCCGGCUGCGACCUGAUCGGCCUGCAGGCCGUCAGCGAGCGGGACAGGGCCGACCUGAGGUUCGGGGUGUCCCAGGGCGUGGACAUGGUGUUUGCCAGCUUCAUCCGCUCGGCACAGGACGUCAAGGAUGUACGGCAGGUUCUUGGGGCGCAUGGUCGAGAAAUCAAAGUGAUCAGCAAGGUUGAGAGCCGGCAGGGCGUCCAGAAUUUCGAGGAGAUCCUGGCUGAGAGCGACGGCGUGAUGGUUGCCAGGGGCGACCUGGGGAUCGAGAUCCCGGCAGAGAAAGUCUUCAUUGCCCAGAAGAUGAUGAUUGGUCGCUGCAACUCUGCCGGCAAGCCUGUCAUCUGUGCCACGCAGAUGCUGGAGAGCAUGGUGGCCCACCCACGGCCAACUAGAGCAGAGGGCAGUGACGUCGCCAACGCCGUGCUGGAUGGAGCCGACUGUGUAAUGUUAUCCGGGGAGACGGCCAAGGGACUGUUUCCUGUGGAGGCAGUCGCAAUGAUGCACUCGAUCUGCAGGGAGGCGGAGGCAGCCAUUUUCCACCACCAGCUCUUUGAGGAGCUGCGUCGCCUCACUCCGCUCUCUUCUGAUCCCACAGAGGUCACAGCCAUCGGAGCUGUGGAGUCCUCCUUCAAAUGCUGUGCCGGGGCCAUCAUUGUCCUCACCAUCAGUGGCAGAUCGGCACACCUCCUGUCCAGGUACAGACCUCGCUGUCCCAUCAUUGCCGUCACCAGAAGCCCUCAGGUGGCCCGACAGUCCCAGCUGCUGAGAGGAGUGUUUCCCGUCCUCUUCCACCCGCUGCCUGCUCCUGUCUGGGCCGAUGACGUAGACGACAGGGUCAACUUUGGCAUGGACAUCGGUAAAGCAAGAGGCUUCUUCAAACCCGGCGACAUGGUGAUCGUGGUGACGGGCUGGAUCCCGGGCUCCGGUCACACCAACAUCAUGAGGGCCGUCAGCGCCCAGUAACAACCUGACGGGGCCUGGACUCUCUCUCACUGCUCUGACUUAGAGCCUCUGUAAGACCGUUCCUAGGAUGUUGAUGAAAACCAGAGAACCACCAAUGUAUUUUAAGGAAACAUUUGCCACGGAAACUUACCUCAUGAAGGGUGCAUUUGUGUAUAGUGUGUUUUAAAAGCAAUGACUCCCACUAAAUAAAGCUUGAACCAUCAUUUCAA